UGGCGGAAUCAAACCAGUUUUCAUCGUACACUAUCAUUGUCUGCUUCCCACCUUCCUCUGUGCAACAAAAAACAUUAAAAUUUGCAGAAUGGCUGAGAAAAGCAAGAUCUUGAUCAUCGGCGGAACUGGGUACAUCGGCAAAUUUGUGGUGGAAGCCAGUGCAAAAUCCGGGCACCCUACCUUCGCCUUGGUCAGAGAAAGCACCGUUUCCGAUCCCGUUAAAGGGAAGAUCAUUGAGAACUUCAAAAACUCCGGCGUUACUCUGCUUUAUGGAGAUCUGUAUGAUCAUGCGAGCUUGGUGAAGGCUAUAAAGCAAGUGGAUGUGGUGAUCUCAACUUUGGGUCACAUGCAAUUGGGUGAUCAAACCAAGAUCAUUGCUGCAAUCAAAGAAGCCGGGAAUGUUAAGCGUUUCUUCCCGUCGGAGUUUGGGAACGACGUGGACCGUGUGGAAGCAGUUGAGCCUGCAAAAUCUGCAUUUGCGACCAAAGCUGAAAUCCGGAGAGCCAUUGAAGGAGAAGGGAUUCCUUACACCUAUGUUUCAGCCAACUAUUUUGCUGGCUAUUUUCUCCCGACAUUGGUGCAGCUAGGAGCCACUUCCCCUCCGAGAGAUAAAGUCAUCAUUCUGGGAGAUGGAACUGUCAAAGCUGUUUUCAAUGAAGAACAUGACAUUGGCACCUACACAAUCAAGGCUGUGGAUGAUCCAAGGACACUGAACAAGGUUCUGUACUUGAAGCCCCCCAAGAACAUCUACUCCUUCAAUGAGCUUGUGGCAUUGUGGGAGAAGAAGAUUGGGAAAACACUGGAGAAAACCUAUGUCUCAGAAGAACAACUUCUGAAACAAAUUCAAGAGUCUCCCAUACCCAUAAACGUGGUGCUAUCAAUCAACCACUCAGUGUUUGUGAAGGGUGGUCAUACCAACUUUGUGAUUGAGCCAUCAUUUGGAGUUGAGGCUUCAGAGCUUUACCCUGAUGUCAAGUAUACUUCUGUGGAGGAGUACCUGGAAAAUUUUGUCUGAAAUUAAUGCUCUGAUGCUUUAGUUUUCAUGUUCUGUUCACUGGGAAAAUAAAAUGCUUGAUGAGCUAUGAUCACAGUGCAUCUUUCAUGGGACAUCUGAUCUGCAUAUGGUUUUCAGUUUAGAAGAACUGUUAUCAGAUGUUAUUGUUGUUGGGUUAAUAUGUAAUGCUGGUUUAUCUGUUACUAUUUCUGAGAAUCUAAAAUUUCUUGAAAGUUAUAUUC